AACACCUUUACUUGUGUCUGUGCUGAUGGCUGGACUGGGACUACGUGUGAGGAUACCGACGAAUGUUUUGCCGUUCCUUGUAAGAAUGAAGGAGUUUGCACUGAUGGAGACAACACCUUUACUUGUGUCUGUGCUGAUGGCUGGACUGGGACUACGUGUGAAGAUACCGACGAAUGUUUUGCCGUUCCUUGUAAGAAUGAAGGAGUUUGCACUGAUGGAGACAACACCUUUACUUGUGUCUGUGCUGAUGGCUGGACUGGGACUACGUGUGAAGAUACCGACGAAUGUUUUGACGUUCCUUGUAAGAAUGAAGGAGUUUGCACUGAUGGAGACAACACCUUUACUUGUGUCUGUGCUGAUGGCUGGACUGGGACUACGUGUGAGGAUACCGACGAAUGUUUUGCCGUUCCUUGUAAGAAUGAAGGAGUUUGCACUGAUGGAGACAACACCUUUACUUGUGUCUGUGCUGAUGGCUGGACUGGGACUACGUGUGAAGAUACCGACGAAUGUUUUGACGUUCCUUGUAAGAAUGAAGGAGUUUGCACUGAUGGAGACAACACCUUUACUUGUGUCUGUGCUGAUGGCUGGACUGGGACUACGUGUGAGGAUACCGACGAAUGUUUUGCCGUUCCUUGUAAGAAUGAAGGAGUUUGCACUGAUGGAGACAACACCUUUACUUGUGUCUGUGCUGAUGGCUGGACUGGGACUACGUGUGAAGAUACCGACGAAUGUUUUGACGUUCCUUGUAAGAAUGAAGGAGUUUGCACUGAUGGAGACAACACCUUUACUUGUGUCUGUGCUGAUGGCUGGACUGGGACUACGUGUGAGGAUACCGACGAAUGUUUUGCCGUUCCUUGUAAGAAUGAAGGAGUUUGCACUGAUGGAGACAACACCUUUACUUGUGUCUGUGCUGAUGGCUGGACUGGGACUACGUGUGAAGAUACCGACGAAUGUUUUGCCGUUCCUUGUAAGAAUGAAGGAGUUUGCACUGAUGGAGACAACACCUUUACUUGUGUCUGUGCUGAUGGCUGGACUGGGGACUACGUGUGAGGGAGCACAUUGA